AUGGGUUUGCUUCAUACUCUGAGCAGCUGGACCUCCCGUGGCCACACUCUGGUUGGUGUGUUCCGCAGAAAGCAGCAUCAUGGCACCUAUCCUGCUAUGCGUGCUGGUUUGGACAGCGUUUGCCUGGUCUCCAACCCGCGCCCACCUCAACGAAACCAUCUACGCCGUGACUGUGAGCUCCAGGGUGACCGGAGGGGCAUCUGAGACGCUGUGCGCCCACGUCCUCUCCCCCCCGGAGCCGCUGGCCCUCAGGGUGACUCUGGAGGCGCAGUCCGGGAGCACCGUCAUCCUGGAGGAGACGGUUUCCACGGAUUACUACGGCUGCUCCACCUUUCAGGUUCCCAUUGUGACCAGCAGCACGGUGGCCACGGUCAAUGUGACCAUCCAGGGGGAGAGUGCCGUCAUGAGCAAGGAGACCAAGGUCCUCAUCGCCCCUCCAGCCUUCCUUCAUCUGAUCGUGACGGACAAGCCGCUCUACAAGCCUGGACAGACUGUCCAGUUCCGGAUCGUCUCCAUGGACGCUGGCUUCAUCCCUUUCAAUGAGCUGUAUAAAACAGUUGAGCUUCAGGACCCCAACAGAAACCGCAUCGCGCAGUGGCUGGAUAGGGCCGCCGUCAGUGGCAUCCUGGACCUCUCUCACCCCAUGAGUCCAGAGGCCGCCCAGGGACCCUACACCAUCACCGCCUGGACGGAGAAAGGAGAGAGCACCUCUCGCUCCUUUGACAUCUUGGAAUACGUUUUGCCAAAAUAUGCCGUCAACAUUAGACUACCUAAUGUCAUAAAUAUUUUACAACAAGAAGUCCCCAUACAAAUUUGUGGAAGAUACACCUAUGGAAAGCCUGUCCUUGGGACCAUCAAGGUGGUAGUUUGUAGAGAGGGCCAGGGCCAUUUUGUACGGCGUUAUCCUGUCCCGCAAGAAGACCUCUGUGUGACAUCACAACUGCAGACGGACAGAACGGGCUGUGCAGCGCACUUCAUUAGGGUAUCAGAAUUUGGCCCAAGAGAUAAAAUGUACCGGGACAUGUUUGAUGUGACGGCUGAAAUGGAGGAGUAUGGCACUGGGGUGGUCAUUCAAGCCAGUGGCCAAACGCCCUUCUCUGUUAAUGUCAGAGAACUCACAUUUGAGAAUGUUGCAGAUAAUGCUGCCUAUAAGCCAGGGAUCCCAUUCGAGGGCAAGGUCAAGCUGACUGGAAUAGACAGGAAGGCGGUGGGGGACGAGGUGGUAUAUCUAUACGUGGACGUCAAUGCAGCGUCGUACAACCUCACGCUUCUGACCCAAGACAACGGCAUGGCUUCUUUCUCCCUGGACACCUCCCUGUGGAAGAACAGCGUGGUUCUUAAGGCAAGCUCUAGACCCAAGGAAGAACGGCAGUCAUUUGUGCAUGGGGAACGCCUGCCUGCAUACCCCUCGGCAGUACUGACCAUGAGGCCGUUCUACUCUAAGAGCAAGAGCUUCGUGAAGAUCUCAGCCAACGGCCACAAGAGCCUCUGUGAGGGGGAGUCCCAGGUGGGCGCCCAGUACAUCAUCCAGGGCGAGGAGCUUAGGCUGGGGCAGGAGGAACUGCCCUUCUACUACACCGUGAUGUCCAAGGGUGCAAUAAUGAGGCAUGGGCAUCUUCCAGUUGCUGUAAAAGAAGGAAUCGUCAACAAAGGAGUGCUAUCCAUCCCCCUGCUUGGAAAAGCUGCCCUCAGCCCAUAUGCCCAAGUGGUGGUGUACACUUUGAUGCCAAGUGGGGAGGUGUUGGCGGAUAACAAGGACUUCCCAGUGGACCAGUGCUUCGAGAAUAGGGUGAAGCUGGAGUUCUCAGCAGAUCGAGAGCUGCCUGGAGGAGAGGCCUCGUUUCGCCUGGAGAGCCAGCCAGGAUCCUUGUGCUCCGUCAGGGCGGUGGACCAGAGCAUCCUUCUGCUGCAGCCGGAUCAGGAGCUCAGCGCUUCUUAUGUGUUCAACAAGCUGCCUGUGCAGAAGCUGAGUGGCUUCAGCUACCGAGUGGAGGACCGUGAGCCGAAUCGCUGCUUACCGCCCGGGUAUGAGACGGCGGAAUCCACCGCGAAGGACGACGUCUACAGUGUUUUUAAAGAAAUUGGAAUAAAACUUGUGACCAACUCUGAGGUGAAGAAACCAGCCACCUGUGUGUACCCUAAAUAUAGCUCUGAUACAAGGGUGUAUACUAGCCGUGGUGGAGUAGGGUCAGGGUCGAGACACCGGGGAAAUCGGCAGAAAAUAGAAACUGUGAGAAGCUACUUCCCUGACACCUGGAUCUGGGAGCUGAUCCCUGUCGGAGACAGCGGGUCGGUGAGCGUGGUGAAGACGCUCCCUGACACCAUCACCAGCUGGCGGGCCCAGGCCUUCUGCACCUCCUCCUCCCUGGGCUUCGGCCUGUCCCGGGACACGGCGCUGGUGGCCUUCCAGCCCUUCUUCGUCAGCCUCACGCUGCCCUACUCGGUGGUCCGAGGGGAGGUGUUCACGCUCAGAGCCACCGUCUUCAACUACCUCCCUAGCUGCAUCAUGGUCAGGGUCCAGCUGAGCAACUCGUCCCACUUCUCUCUCAGAGAGUGUGCGGACUGCCAGUACACCAUGUGUGUGUGUGCAGAGGAGAGCAGGGUUUUCCAGUGGGAGGUCAGCCCCUCCUCCCUUGGGGAGGUGACCCUGGAGGUCCGGGCCGAGGCGCUGCACACGGAACAACUGUGUGGGAACGAGGUGGCGCCCCCGCCCACGGUGGGCCGGGUGGACACAGUGGUGCGCAAACUACUGGUGGAGGCAGAAGGCACCCCAGUGGCUGUUACCCACAAUGCACUCCUCUGUCCUGGAGCAGAGAAUCCAGCAGAGAAGAACAUCUCUCUCCUGCUGCCAGACCUGUUUGUGGCUGGUUCUGCCAGGGCCUCUUUCUCUGUGUUGGGGGACCUGAUGGGCCGGGCCAUGAAGAACCUGGACAAACUGCUGGCCAUGCCGUACGGCUGCGGGGAGCAGAACAUGAUCCUGUUCGCCCCAAACAUCUACAUCCUCAACUACCUGACCAGCACCGCACAGCUGACACACGCCAUCAAGGAGCGGGCCACGCGCUUCCUGGAGAGCGGCUACCAGAGAGAGCUCACCUACCGGCAUGACGAUGGCUCCUACAGUGCUUUUGGCAAGAGUGACGCGUCUGGAAACACCUGGCUGACUGCCUUUGUGAUGAAGUCGUUUGGCGGCGCCAAGCCCUACAUCUUCAUCGACCCCAAACUAAUCGUGGACUCCAGAACCUGGCUGCUCAGCCACCGGCGGCAAGAUGGAUGCAUCACAUCAGUUGGAAAACUGUUUCAAAACGGCAUGAAGGGCGGGGUGAGCGACGACGUGUCUCUGACCGCCUACAUCACGGCUGCACUGCUGGAGCUGGAUGCAGCAGACCCCAUGGUGUCGGGGUGCCUGCAGUGCCUGAGAGUGGCGGUAGCGGGAAAGCUGGAGAACAUGUACACCACAGCCCUCCUCUCCUACACCUUCACCCUGGCAGGGGACCAGCAGACCAGGGCCGCGCUCCUCACCGCUCUCCACCAGCGCUCCGUCACAGACGGGGGCACGCGCCACUGGAAGCGGGCGGAGGCCUCUGAGAAGGUUCUGGACUCCCUGGAGGUUGAGAUGACGGCCUACGUACUGCUUGCGGUUCUCUCCGGACCCCCGGUGCCGGGCUUCGACCUAGACUAUGCCUCCAGCAUCACACGCUGGCUCAUCCAACAGCAGAACCCCUACGGCGGCUUCGCCUCUACGCAGGACACGGUGGUGGCCCUCCAGGCCCUGGCCCGCUACGGCGCUGCCACCUACAGCUCGGAGGGCGCCUGCAUGGUGGGGCUGAGCUCGCUGGGCGGGGCCAGCUGGCAGUUCACCGUGGACCAGAGCACCCGGCUGCUGUACCAGGAGCAGGCGCUGGACCGCCUGCCCGGGGACUACCGCAUCACGGCCCAGGGGCAGGGCUGUGUCCAGGCACAGAUCGCCAUGCGUUACAACAUUCCCCCUCCUGGUGACUUCAGUUCCUUCCACAUCGCCGCAACAACGACCGCUGUGUGUAACAGCACCCGGCCCACACUGACCAUCAGAGUGGACCUCAGGUACCAAGGUAGGAGAAAGGAGACCAACAUGGUGAUCAUCAACCUCAAGCUCCUGUCAGGCUAUGGCCUUCAGCAGAGCACUCUGCAGGAGCUGAAGAGAGAGAGCAGUGUGAAGCGUGUGGACUUUGAAGAGGGCUACAUCAACAUCUACCUCGACGGCCUGAAGAAGGAGGUGUUGAGGAGCUACAGCGUGACCCUGGAGGAGGAGGAGGCCGUCAGGAACCUGAGGCCGGCCGUGGUGAAGGUGUACGACUACUACCAGACAAGUGACGAGGCAGUGGCAGACUACUCCUCCCCUUGUGCGGAGCGUGAUGAUGUGAAUGAUCUACUAUUGGAACGAUCGGAGCCACCAAGAAGCACAUCAAUCAAAUUAAAGCCGGACUAAUGGUUGUGCUAAAUUGUUAAUUGUAGCCAGUGAAUUCUUUGAAUGACAAAAGAUGAGAUUUAAUUUCAACAUAUACACUUUAAAAAAGAGGAAUUUGCCAAGAUGACAUGCAUUCAAGAAAGCCAAUGUUUAUUCAAUUACAAUUCUGUCUUUUAAUCGAUAAAGAUAAUCCAUAGUUUCCAUUGGCGUGACAGUGAGCUAUGAAACAAGGUACCAUAAACACAAUAAUGGUCCAACAGUCGACUGGGAUUGAAUGGAUCCGAACGACGGCAACAAACCAGUAUUACAAAACAGCUUUGGUAGAAGUUUGUCUGCACAGGCUGGGUGAUUACAGGUGAAUUGUGAUUGUGAUUUCAUGUAGUGCGCCUUGCUCUACAUUUUAUUCUCUUUCUAACAAAUAUUAUAUUAAUUCAUCACUACCAUAGAGUUUAAAUUUUGCCACAAUAAAAUCUUUAAAUGACAAAAUACAAA